AUGAGCGCUGUUGCCGUUAAAUUCAUAGUGGAGAAUCCUGAAAAGACAGAGUUACAUCGAAACAGAAAUGCUAAUAGAAGUCUGAAGAUUAACGAUACCAUAUACAGAGUACAUAAGGAAUUGCUGAAAUGUUCAGAGGUGCUUGGGAAGCUUGUGAAAGAAUCAGAUCGUACUUUACUGAGGUUGGAUCAUUUGACAGCUGAUCAGGAAAAUUUCACACCAUGCGGUCUUGACAUUGCUUUGGAUUGGUUAUAUGGGAAAAGAGUGGAAUUUACAGACGAACAACUACCGGAUGCACUAGCGGCUGCGUUUGCGCUGAAAAUGUACGAUAUGAUACACGCCAUUGAAGAAGCGGUACUUAACCAUAUAGGCGAUCCUUUCGCAUUGACAAUACUUUUGUAUCACAUCGACAAUUUUACGCCAGAAACUAGAAAACAAAUUCUAAAAUCCGCAGCCGCAGAAAUAGGGGAAGUUUCAAGAUUGAGGCCUUUUGUCGGGUGUCCAUCGUCAACAUUUAGAAGAUUAAUGAAAGUCGCUAUUAGAAAUGUAGGAGAUUCGGUUAACGCUAUGGAUGUGAUUGAAGCGAUUCUCAUUUGGGCUACUGAGAAUGUGGAAAACGACCUUGUUGUGUCGUUACUGCAGCAAAUUCCUAUCGAUGAUCUUUCCACCGAUGAAAUGGAUAUGUUAUCUGAAUUUGCGAUUGAUUGUGGCCUGGGCAGAUUGAUGACUGUGGUUACCAAUCGAUUUUACGCUCUAAACACAUCAUCACUGUCACAACGACUCGAUUUUGAGGAAUCCGAAAAUUUGGAAAGAUACGUUGAAGAACAAAAAGCUGCACGUGAGGAUCGCAAUGGUAAGCGAAUUGCCGCUGGCAAAAAUGUUACCAGUACAAGAACUACGCAAGAUAAAACGGAAGUGAAAGAAGAACCAGCUGGGAUACGGAUUAUUGCCACGCCAGAAGACCGUCAAUACAUUAGGAAAAUAAUGGAGAAGACAGAAGCUGUAUAUUUUGGCGCUGUACCGCUUGAGAAGUCCAACAAUGAUCUACAUAUUGAGAUCACCUAUCAAGGACCAAAAGAAGCUGCAAAAGACGAUCCCGUGAAACUUUAUUUCGAUUUCGAGAUCGAUCCACCUGUUACUGUUUCAUAG